AGAACGGUACAGAUGGUAGUCCGUAGGAGCUAAGUCUGGAGAAUAAGGUGGAUGGGGAACAGUGAUCCAACCAAGCUCCAAUAACUUUUGGCGUGUCGACUUUGCUACAUGGGGUCUGGCAUUAUCAUGUAAAAAGUAAAUUCGAUCUUGUUUUCCUUUGAGUUUUUCUGCAACCCGAUCCAAUUGCUGGCAGUAGGGAUCAGCUGUGAUGUUGCAGCCAUCUGGAAGAAUUUUCCAACGAAUAAUCCCUUUGACUCCCCACCACACGCUCAGCAUCACCUUCUUUGGGUGUAGAUCAGUCUUAGGCGUUGGUACACCUGCUUGACCAGCGCUCAGCCACUGGCGUCUACGUUGGUAGUUAAUAUACAACACCCACUUCUCAUCACCAGUGAUAAGAUUGCGGAGCCAUUGAUAGUUGCGAUGAGAAGUCAACAAUUCCAUACAAGCAUCAACCCUAUAUUGCAUCUGAAGUGGUGAUAACUCAUGGGGUAUCCAAACUCCAUAUUUCCACAUUUUGCCUAAUUCGUACAGAUGUGUUUCCACUGUAAUAUGAGAGCACCCAAGACGCUCUGCUAAACACCGUGUAGUCAAUCUAGGAUCUUCUUCGAUAAGCUCCUUUAAGAGAUCCGUAUCCACCUCUAGUGGUCUACCAGUAUGAGGUAAAUCAUCGAGUUCGAAGUUACCAUUCUUGAACUCAUUGAACCAACGUUGCGUUGUACGAACGGAGAGCGCAUCCUUGCCCAUCGUAUGGCAUAUGUUGCUUGUUGAUUCUGUUGUUUUGUGAUCCAGACGGAAUUCAUGAAGCAGAAGCAACCGGAGCUCUCUACGAGAUAUUUUCAUUUCUAAUUCGAGAUCAGUAUCUAUAUCCAUAGUUUUAUUGUUGUUCGAAAGAUAUUUACACUUCCUUUAUAUACUCUUAGUAUGGAAACUUCUAGAACUUUCUUGACUGUUCUAGGAAGUUACGAAAAAAAACGACAAAAAUUUCUUACCAACCCAAUAUUUAUUAUUAUUUAAGGUAAUUGGCAUAAUUGCCAUAGAAAUCCUCGGUGGUGUUUAUUGUCCAUUGUCGCCGGAUGAUCCUCAAAAGCGACUUCAACAGCUGGUAUUUGACGUAAGUGGUCGUUUGGUACUUAUGCAUUCAAUGACACCUGGCAAAAUAGAUGAUGUUCACAUAUCUUAUAUUGAUGAACUUAUUGUGACGAAUAAACAAGUCGAUGAUGUCGAUGUCGAAUGUCUUUCAUCGACCAGACUAACAUCAAAUGAUUUAGCAUAUAUUCUUUUUACAAGUGGUUCUACUGGAACUCCUAAAGCGGUACGUUGUUUGUCGCAAGAAGGAUUGUUUUCAAUAUUGAAGAACGAUAUCGAUUUCUGUGUUUAGAGUAAAUUUCGUCAUCGAAAUUUUCUUUCCUGGUUGCAGGCC